AUGAAACCAGGGAAUUCUCCUGUACCUUGCUGCCUGUCACAACGAUGGAUACUUGCAUACAUUGGAUUCUUUGGAUUUUUCUGUAUGUAUGCAUUACGAGUCAAUUUAAGUGUUGCUAUAGUGUGUAUGGUGAAAAGCUACCCAGACAAUUCAACCAAUGCUUCGAACAAUACCAACCCAAAGUGUGAUGAACAAACAAGCAAUAGUAGCAGCUCGAAUACCGAAGAAUUUGAUUGGACUAAAAGCGAACAAGCGACAUUAUUGUCUGCUUAUUUCUAUGGUUACUUAGUAACACAGAUGCCUGGUGGUUGGCUAGCUGGUAGAUUUGGCGGGAAACGAGUUAUAGGCUUUGGUCUGAUUGUAGCCUUUUUAUUGAAUUCUUUAACACCUGUCGCUUCUAGAUAUGAUAUUCGUGUUGUUACAGCCAUUAGAGUUUUACUGGGUUUAGCGUCGGGUCUCAUGUUUCCCGCCAUGCACAGUAUGUGGGGUAAAUGGGCGCCACCUUUAGAAAGAAGUCGAUUGACGUCAUUCUGUUAUGCGGGAUCGUUUAUUGGUAAUAUCAUCACGUUUGCUGCAUCAGGCCUUCUGUGUGAGUAUGGUUUUGAUAAUGGCUGGGGAUCAAUCUUCUAUCUAACUAGUAUUGUAACUGUAAUAUGGCUGGUAUUAUGGUUUAUAUUUGUGGCGGAUACACCAACUGAACAUCCACGAAUAUCUGAAGCUGAGCGAAAUUAUAUAGAGUCAGGAAUAGGUGAUAAACAAACCAGAGUAUUAACGACACCAUGGUUAGCUAUAGCUAAGUCACGAGCUAUGCAGGCCUGUCUCGUGGCACAUUUCUGUAAUAAUUGGAUUCACUAUACUCUACUGACUGGUUUACCAACGUUUAUGAAAGAAGUUCUCAAGUUUGAUAUUAAAUCGAAUGGUAUCUUGUCAGCAGUACCUUACAUUGCUAUGACUGCAUCUACCGUAUUGUCUGGUCAAGCAGCAGAUUUUCUCAGAACAAAAUCUUUCUCAGUUAAAGCUAUACGAAAAUUCUUCCAAAUAACGGCGUUUGUUGGUGCUGGAGGAUGUCUAGUAGCUACAGGGUUUGUUUCCUGUGAACAUAAGAUGAUUGGCGUAGCAUUGUUGACUCUUGCUGUUACGUUUGAAGGGAUGUGUUUUGCUGGCUACAUGGUUAAUCAGGUUGAUUUCGCUCCGAGGUAUGCUGGUGUAUUAUUUGGUAUCAACAAUGCAAUAGCCUCUGUACCAGGUAUGGUGGCGCCAUUAGUGGUCGGGGCCUUGACGCCAAAUAAAACCCAAGAAGAAUGGCGGAAUGUGCUUUAUGUAUGUGGUGGAGUGUGUCUGCUGGGAGCGACUGUUUUUGGACUUUUCGCGCGGACAGAUUUAGAACCAUGGGCUGCUGAACCCGUGGAGGUCGAAAUACAGGACCCAAUCAAGAAAGUUGAAGAAUAUUUACAGAAAGACAUAGUUUUAUAUGAUAAUAAGGCCUUUGAUAAAUCGGACUUGAAUGAAGAAAAUGGAUCGACGAUUUCUAUAAAAUUAUAA